CUCAGGUUAAGCACUUAAUUCGUUCCGAAGGUCCGUUCUUAACCUGAAACUGUUCUUAACCUGAAGGACCACUUUAGCUAAUGGGGCCUCCUUCUGCUGCUGCACUGCCGGAGCCCGAUUUCAGUUCUCAUCCUGAAGCAAAGUUCUUAACCUGAAGCACUAUUUCUGGGUUAGCGGAGUGUGUAACCUGAAGCGUAUGUAACCUGAAGCAUAUGUAACCCGAGGUACCACUGUACAAUUUAAUCCAGAGUCACCUAGUGGCCAAACAGUAUAAUUACGCUAUCCACUCACAUUCUGUUUUGGCAGUCACGUUUCCUCAUAGAGAACCGUCCUGCCCUUCCUCUUUCUCAUCCCCUCUGCUGCCGAGUUUUGUGGCCUCCCUCUUGCCCGUUCUUGCCACAGUUCCUCUUGAGAAGCAGAAGCUGCCGUGCCCCUCUCCGCUUUCCCCCAUGAAGCCCUUUCCUUUCUUAAUUCUGGCCGCGACUGCCCUGGCUGUUUUGAUGGCAGACGCUCGCAGGGGUAAGCAGCAAACUCUUCCCAGGAAGGGGCGAGGAAACUUCGAGGCAGGAGACACCUUAGCUGAUCCAGUGCUUUCAGUGAAGGCUGGAGAAGAGGUCAAAAUUCCCUGCCAGAUUCAGGGGCCCAAACUGACUUGGAACUGGAUUCCGCAGUACCCCAUCUGCGCUGGCUUCCGCCAUGGAGGCAAGAAGGAAAUAUUCUCUACAAGUUCUGUUGGAGAAGACCGGGUGCUGCUGGAGCGGUUUCAAUCGCGAGCAGAAAAGCAGGGAGAAAAGGGAGAGUGGAACUUGGUCCUCGUCCUCAAAAGCAUGAACGACUCGGGCAUUUUCUACUGUUCCAACGGCAACAGAAAUUCAUCAAAGAUCUCCAUCUCCGUGGAGCCUGGUAAAAAUACUGGGAGGUUACAUAGCAGUGUGGGUGCCGGAUUUACAUAUAAGUUAACAAGCUAUAGCUUAGGGCUCCACUCUCUCGCCCCCCCCCCCCAUUUCACUAAUAAUAUACUUCUUCUUAAUUGUAUUUCAGUUCAACAAUUACUUUGAUAAAAUCCAUAUUUUGUUCUGUGCAAAUGGCUUUAGAUACCUCUUAGGUCAGGGGUCUGCAACCUUUAAGACAGAAAGAGCCACUUGGACCCGUUUCCGAAGAAAAAAAACAUGGGAGCCGCAAAAAAAUAACUUUUUUGUCACUUUUUAUUAUUAUUUCUUUGUUUGACCCCUCAGAAUUACUCCUCCUCAUAGAAAUAAACGUUAAAUUAACAAGUUACCUUUUUUGUGUGUGUGUUCUUCACUCCCCUUCAAAACAGUGACCAGCGUACAUGCCCCCUUUCAAUGCAGUGACCAGCGUACAUGCCCCUUACAAUGUAGCGGGCGGGUGGGCGGGCGGGAAGGUGACGUCGGGACGGUGCGUGACUAACGCAUGCACAGCCCCCAUGUGACGUCACAGCCAGUACAGCGCCCGCCACAGUGGGGAGUGUCGGGGUGCAUAAUGCGCCUCCUCCCCUCGCCAGUAUCCGCCCCGGAGCCGCGGCAAAGGUGUAAAAGAGCCACAUGCGGCUCCGGAGCCGCGGGUUGCAGACCCCUGUCUUAGGUCCAUAAAUUACCAUAUAGCAUAUUGUUGUUGUUUAGUCGUGUCCGACUCUUUGUGACCCCAUGGACCAGACCACGCCAGGCACUCCUGUCUUCCACUGCCUCCCGCAGUUUAGUCAGACUCAUGCUGGUAGCUUCGAGAAUACUGUCCAACCAUCUUGUCCUCUGUCGUCCCCUUCUCCUUGUGCCCUCCAUCUUUCCCAACAUCAGGGUCUUUUCCAGGGAGUCUUCUCUUCUCAUGAGGUGGCCAAAGUCUUGGAGCCUCAGCUUCAGGAUCUGUCCUUCCAGUGAGCAUUCAGGGCUGAUUUCCUUCAGAAUGGAGAGGUUUGAUCUUCUUGCAGUCCAUGGGACUCUCAAGAGUCUCCUCCAGCACCAUAAUUCAAAAGGAUCAUAUAGCAUAUAUUCAACAACAACAACAAAAAGCGACAAUUUGUUGUUGAAAAAGGACAUCAGCAAAGCUAAUGGAUAAGCGCCAUGAAAAAGACAGUAGUGAUUUUUUAAAAAGAAUGGGAACCUCUCAUAAACUAUAUCAGGGGUCAGCAAACUUUUUCAGCAGGGGGCCGGUCCACUCCCUCAGACCUAGUGGGGGGCCGAACUAUAUUUUGAAGGGGAAAAUGCAGAGAUGCAUUUUAAAUAAAAGCACACAUUCUACUCAUGUAGAAACACCAGGCAGGCCCCACAAAUCACCCAGAGAUGCAUUUUAAAUAAAAAGACACAUCUACUCAUGUAAAAACACGCCGAUUCCUGGACCGUCCGCGGGCCGGAUUUAGAAGGCGAUUGGGUUGGAUCUGGCCCCCAGGCCUUAGUUUGCCUACCAAUGAACUAUCUGCAGAAACAACUGAAAAAAUGGACUUGGUAGCAGGAUUUGCAUAAACAUUCACAACUUUACUUAACAAAAUGCCUGAAGAAUAACAUUUUAAUAACAUUUUGACAGGUAAGGAAUAGCAGAUUGUAUCAUUUAAUGCAACAAACCAGAGGGGAAGUUGAAGGAAGUCAACAGGAAGGGGGGGGCGGCGAGGAUGUAGAAUGUAUGUUUGCAAAUGAUUUUGAUAUUUGUUGUUAGAAAAGAAAACUAAUAAAAAUUAUAUACCAAAAAAGAAAAAGGACAGCUGGACACAUAAAGGGCUCCAUUACCUUCAGUAGCUUAGGGCCUCAUCAAACCUAAAUCCGGCCCUGGAUGGGGCUUAGAUGCACAUAGGACAAAUCCACAUUAAACGCAGUGUUAUACCGGUUUAACAGUAAUAAUAAUAAUAAUGAUAAUAAUAAUAAUAAAUUAUAUAUACCUCGCCCAUCUGGCUGAGUUUCCCCAGCCACUCUGGGCGGCUCCCAACAGAAUAUUAAAAACACGGUAAAAGAUCAAACAUUAAAAGCUUCCCUAAACAGGGCUGCCUUCAGAUGUCUUCUAAAAGUCAGAUAGUUUUUUUAUUUCCUUGACAUCUGAUGGGAGGGUGUCCCACAGGGUGGGCGCCACCACCAAGAAGGCUUCUCUCAAAGAAUCCUGGGAACUGUUACUUGUCAAAGGUGCUGAGGUUUGUUAGGAGACCGCUCACAGAGCCACAAGGCCCAGCACCCUGAACCAAAGAUAGUUCCCAGGAUUCCUUUGGGGAAGCUGUAAGAAACCGUUAAAAGUGGAAUAAGCUUUAAAUUUGUGGUGUGGAUCCAACAUGACCUCAGAUGAUUUCAGACCCUCCAAGUCUCCCUAUUUUCCAGGGACGGUCCUGGAUUUCUGAUUUGAUCCCGAAAUGUCCCAUUUUUCCUUCGGACGUCCCUAUUUUCAUCACAGAAAUGUUGGAGGGUAUGGAGUUAUGUGACCCGCUGAGUCAAGGAAAUAAGUAACUGUACAACCUUUGGAAGACAUCCGAAGGCAGCCCUGCAUGGGGAAGGUUUUUUUUUUAAAAAAAAGUUUAAUGUUUUAUUAUGUUUUUAUAUAUGUUGGAAGCCGCCCAGAGUCGGCUGGGGCAAAAUGAGUGAUCUGAUGUCCAAGGAGGAGAGCAAUUUGUAACCCCAUCAGAACACUGCGCUGGACAGAGAGAUUUGAACCUCUCUGCUCACCCCAAUGUCAUGUUAAUUUCUUUUCUUUACCCCAACACUGCCACAAUGGGGGCAUGGAAGGAAAUGUGAUCAGGACCCCGAACUGUAGAGUAAUUGGGAUGAAAGAACCGUAGUCUCUGUUGGAGGAAUAGCAUAGGAGGAAAUCCGGUCACGGGAAGAACUGAGGUUAGCUCCCCAGGCCUUAUCGUUCUUAUCCAUUUGUUCAUUUAUGUCAGAUAAAGAAAAUGGAAUUCGUGUCAGACCUUCUACUACACCCCCUCGACACCAUGGUUCGGUAACCCUCUCCUGUAAUCCCUGUAAGGACCAGAGAGGGGAUAAAUCUGAUGGCAACACGAAGAUCACAUGGACCCAAAAUGGCCUGCCGGUUUCCAACAAUAGUACAGAUAUCCGGAAAACAAGGAACGUCCUAACAAUAGAACGUUUUUCUAGCCGCUAUUAUGGUCUCUGGAGCUGUUCUGCCUGUCAGAAUGGCUACUGUUUGGAAGGCAAUUUAGAAAAUCCAAGAAUGGAGGAUGACACGCCAUCUGAGCCAAACCCUCAUCUGGAAGGUGAGUGUCGAGUUUGGCAAAGGCUUGUAGACAUUUUAGCUACGAUAAACGGGCCCAGUUCUUCCAUAAGUGUUCAUUCCAAGGUUUCUUAUAACUCCAUCUUUCAGUCAUUCCUUGAUGGCUGCAAGCUGAAUGUGUGGACCGACUCUUACCUGAGAAGUUUGACCUUUCAGUGUUGAUGUGAUAUUGUAAUAAUAAUAAUUAUUAUUAAUAAUAAUAAUUUAUUUAUACCCCGCCCAUCUGGCUGGGUUUCCCCAGCCACUCUGAGGGGCUCCCAGAAUAUUAAAAACACGAUAAAAGAUCUAACAUUAAAAACUUCCCUAAACAGGGCUGCUUUCAGAUUCAGCUGUCUUCUAAAUGUCAGAUACUUGUUUAUUUCUUUGACAUCUGAUGGGAGGGCGUUCCACAGGGUGGGUGCCACUACCAAGAAGGCCCUCUGCCUGGUUCCCUGUAACUUUGCUUCUUGCAGGGAGGGAACCGUCAGAAGGCCCUUGGAGGUGGACUUCAGUUUCUGGGCUGAACGAUGAGGGUGGAGAUGCUCCUUCAGGUAUACUGGUCCGAGGCCGUGUAAGAGACUAUUAUUGUAUCUUUUAUCUAUGAUGGCUUAUUCAUACGUACAAAUCACCACCCCAUCAUACAAGGAACAUGCAUGUCUGCACAGCCCAUAGAUGACAAGGCACCACUUAAAACAAGAAACAAAGACAGGGUUUUUGUACCUUAAAGGAUGCAUGACCUUACUGUAUUGUAAUAGCUUAGGGCCCUCGUAUUUAUGGGACCACCUCUCCUGGUAUGCCCCGCAGCAGAACUUAAGGUCCAUGAAUAAGUUUAGCGGUCCCAGGCCUUAAGGAAGUCAGACUAUCCUCCACCAGGGCCAGGGCCUUCUCAGUGAUGGCUCUGAACUGGUGGAAUGCUCUGUCCCAUGAGACUAGGUCCCUGCAGGUUUUAACCUCCUUCCGCUGGGCCUGUAAGACAGAGCUAUUCCACCUAGCUUUCAAUUUGACUUAGCCUGAUCUUUUAUUCCCCUUCCUUCCCUCCCCCUCCCCUUUUUAUGAAGAUUACCCGCUCUAGGAUCCCACAGCUAAUACUCCCCUGGUCUCCUCGCUGGCCCAAAUAGGACUAAUUUAGCCAGCUAGCCCUGGUGAUCAUCUAAUGUUUAUUGGAUGGAUUUCCCCCCUAAAUUGAUUUUUGAAUUCUGAAUUUAUUGUUAUUCACGUUUUAUACUGUAUUUUAUGCUGUUUUUUUGUUGCAUCAAUUAAGUGUUUUAAAUUUGUUGUUAGCUGCCCUGAGCCCAGUUUUCUGAACUGGGAAGGGCAGGGUAUAAAUAAAAAAUUAUUAUUUAUUAUUAUUAAUAGGAGCUGCUUUUCCCACCAUGGAGAUAAGUUUACAGCAGGGGUGGGGAGUGGGGGACUUUGGCCCUCCAGGUAUAUCUGAACUACAACUCCCAUCAGCCUCAGCAAGCAUAGCCAAUGGCCAGGGUUAAGGGGAGUUGAAGUUCAGCAACAUCCAGAGAACCAAAGACUCCACACACCUUAGUUAGAGCUAAGGGUUGUUUUUGCUCAGCUUUGAAAAAGAAAUUUUUGAUAGGGGAUGAAAUAAGAAAAGCAGAUCAGAGAUUAUUUAUGCAUGCUAUGACUGCCGCCAGAAUUUUAGUAGCCCAAAAAUGGAAAACUCAGGAAAUACCAACAUUAGCGGAGUGGCAGACAAAAAUGGCUGAAUAUGUAGAAUUAGCAAAACUGACCCACAAGAUCAUCACCAAGAGGAAUCCAAGUUCAAAAAUGAAGGGAGUAAAUUUGUUGAGCAUAUAGGUAAUAACUGUAGAAGUUUAAAGACGGUAGUAGGAUUAAAAUUAAUUUUGUGAUGUGUAUAGGAUGCUAUGAAGAAUCUGCGAAAAAAGAGAAAAUUCAAUACGAAAGCCUGUUGGAGGGAGGGAGGGAAGUCCACAUGCGGUAGAGCAUUUAGAAAAUAAGUGGACACAUGACUGUUGAAUUUUAGAGUAUUUAUUUUGUUUGUUUAUGUUAAAGAAAACUCAAUAAAAAGCAUUUGAAAAUAAAUAAAUAAAUUUUUGCAUUCAGGAGGAAGGGCAGGUGGGGAGGGGAAUUUUUGGGUGGGAGUCCCCUUUGUAUGUAAAGCUGCCCCACCCCAUCUUCCUCCUGCCCAAUGAGGUGUUUGCGUUUCUAAGCUGGUUGUCGUUUCCCCCCCCACACCCCCAAUGAUGUAGGGAAUACGGCUGACCCGCGUAUAAUUGGGGGCUGCGUUGCUGGACUCCUUGCUCUCGUCUUGGUGGGAGCUGUCGUAUUCCUCAUCCGCAGGAAUCGUCGCUCACACAGCCUCAGGUACCGAAAUUGGGGUGGUUUUUUUUAUGUAUGUCGCUUAGACUGGAGUUUCCAGUCUGUGAAAGCAUCUGCUUGUGUCUGCAAAAUACUGGUUUCUGAAAGGAUUCAAUAUGUCUCCACGCAACCAUGAAGUUGUAACACACAUUUAUAUUCUGAUACAAUCAGACCAGUGGCGCUGUGGGUUAAACCGCAGAACCUAGGACUUGCUGAUCAGAAGGUCGGCGGUUCGAAUCCCUGCGCCGGGGUGAGCUCCCGUUGCUCAGUCCCAGCUCCUGCCCACUUAGCAGUUCGAAAGCACGUCAAAGUGCAAGUAGAUAAAUAGGUACCGCUCCGGCGGGAAGGUAAACGGCGUUUCCGUGCGCUGCUCUGGUUUGCCAGAAGCGGCUUAGUCCUGCUGGCCACAUGACCCGGAAGCUGUACACCAGCUCCCUCGGCCAAUAAAGCGAGAUGAGCGCCGCAACCCCAGAGUCGGUCACAACUGGACCUAAUAGUCAGGGGUCCCUUUACCUUUACCCCUUUACAAUCAGACCAACAGCGCCACCUAGAGAUGCUGAGGUUCGAUACUCCUUAGAAGAACUCCUGAAUAGGCAAAUAUCCUGGGUUUUAUUUCUGAAUCAACAUUCCAAGUUUGAUCUUUUUAUUUUAGCAAUGACCCAAGUGGACUGAAAUGGCUAGCUUUUACGUAAUGGAAAUUUAGCAUUAAAGUGGAAGCAUUCUCAGAAAUUCCAAGAAUUUUUUUCCUAGUCCACUUACAUCAGAGAUGGAAUUUUUCUCACUAUUGGUCCUUGGGCUUGCCAGUCGGAAGGUCGGUGGUUCGAAUCCCCACGAUGGGGUGAGCUCCCGUUGUUCGGUCCCAGCUCCUGCCAACCUAGCAGUUUGAAAGCACGUCAAAGUGCAAGUAGAUAAAUAGGUUCCGCUCCGGCAGGAAGGUAAACGGCGUUUCCAUGCGCUGCUCUGGUUUUCCCAGAAGCAGCUUAGUCAUGCUGGCCACAUGACCUGGAAAAACUGUCUGCAGACAAACGUCGGCUCCCUCGGCCAGUAAAGCGAGAUGAGCGCCGCAACCCCAGAGUCAUUCACGACUGGACUUAACUGUCAGGGGUCCUUUACCUUUACCUUUUAAAAUCCAACUCUGUUAAGUGACCAACUUUAUUAGUCUCUCAGAGUCCAAUAAAUAUGUGCUCUGUCACCCCAGAACUUUGGUCUCCUUGGAACCUGGGGUCAUAUCCAAUGCUACUCAUACAUAGAAUAUACCCAUUGAAGGCAAUGGACGCAGCUGACUUAGGUUUAUUGAUUUCAAUGGGUCCCCUGGAUACAACCCCUGGUCUCCAACCAGAUGCUGUGGACUUACACCGUCUCAGGAUCUCUGCCCUGUCAUGACUCGGCUCAAGCAUCUAAAAUGUAACUAGCCAAUCUUGAUCUAGCAUUCCACGAGGCUCUGGAAACAACAGCCGCACAACCAACCCACAAAAUUGGAGCUGUAUGGACAGAAUCUCAAUUUACCGUGCCGUAUCAGAAGUGUGUUGUUGUUGGUGAUGAUAUAAAAUGCCCACUCAAACACAGCACAUUUCUCCUGUCCGAAUGAACACUGUGAAUAGCAAAUACGCAGAAAGCAUUUCUCUGUCGUUCUUUUAAUCCCCAGUGAGACUACGAAGGCGAAGGAAAUGCAAGGGAGCAAGGACCCAGAUGGUGAGUUGUAGGGCUUUUGUCCUACUUAUGGCUCUUUCUGAUGUGGCAAUUAUUGCAUGAGGAUGAUGGGAGCUGGAGUCCAAUGCCUGGGGCUGUGGGUUCACUCUCCCUGUCUUAUGCCCUUCUUUCGAUCCCACGACCAGAAGGAUCUUCAAAGAGAGGAGAGGAAACAGAACCUGGAAUGGAAGCAGAACCUGGAAUGGAAGAUCACACCUACAUGGAGGUAACUUCUUUUUUAAAAAAUAAAUUUUUAUUAGAUUUCCCACCAUGAUAACACAAACCACAAAGCAAGAUGAUACACAAAAACAGAAAAAGAAAAAGAAGAAAGAGAAAAAAGGGGGGACAAUAAACAGAUAAACAAUAACAACUAACUUAAUUCUUCACAAAUCCAACCUUUUAAACAUCUUUGUUGACUUCCUUAAAUCCCUCCCUUCUGAGUUUCCUUGUAAUUAAAAGUAACAGCUUUCCAAUAUCAUUAUUAAACUAAAACAAUUUCCAAUUAUAGUCCAUCUUAUUCACUUUUCUUAACAUUCUAAAUCCCAUUUAUUCAAUUAUAACUUAAUUUAAUCUUAGGCCUAUCAGGAAAGUGUUAUUAUUCCCAUAUUAUACAUGGAUGGGAGUCAGGACUGAGUCAGGUGGCUAAGCCCAAAUGUGCACUUAACUUUUCAGUUCCAUUUGCUGGCUGCAAAAUUGGGUGAAAUUUUCAUGGAGGUAACUUCUAAUUGGUUAACUUCCCCGGUUCCUGCAGAGGAUAAACGGGAGGCCUGUUCCUAUUGUUAUAGGACUUGGGGGGUUGGUAUGGGUAAAGGCUUAAUAAAGACUGGACAUAGGAGAUCAGGGUUCAAAUCCCCGCCAAGUCAUUAAGCUCACUGGGUGACCUUUUAAAUAAAUAAAUAAACAAAGUAAUAAUAAUACAAAUAAAAAUGUGCAUAAAAAUGAGACCGUUAGUUAUCAUAACUAUCCAACUUUCGAAAAACAACAACACCCAAACCGCUUCUUGAGAUGGUUUGACCCCUUUCUACAAAUAUCUUCCCAAUAUCCUCAAAGUCGUUUCUCUUCCAUAUUCCCCUUCGUACUUUGAUAGCGCUUGUUAAUUUAUCAUUAAUCACUGUACAGUAUCUCACACUUCUUUAUAUACCAUUCCGUGGGUGACCUUGAGCUGUUUGGGCCAAGCUCACGCUUUUGGCCUAAACUACCUCACAGGAUUGUUUUGGGGAUGGGAAAGAUGUAUGUACAUGUCACUUGAUCUCAGAGGAAAGGUAGGAUAUUAAAUAAAUAAAUAUGGAAAGUUCAGCUUGCAGGCUUCCCACUGGCACCCGGCUGACCCUUGGGGCCAAAAGGAUACUGGACAAAAUGGGUCUUUGGUCUGAUCUAGCCAGACUGUUCUUAAAACUAUCUGUUUACGCCUCGUGUCUCUUUUCUCUUUCCCUACCCAAUACAAUCCAGGGAGCCAAUCAAAUCGAAUACACAGCUCUAGAGUUCAGAGAGGCUGGAGGGUGCCAGACUAAGAUGGAUAAUGGGAUGCCAGCCGUCGUAUACGCCGAAAUACCCAAGAGCGACUUAACCAAGAGGGUUGGCUAGUUCCUGCCGCCGCUGCGCAUCUCAAGGAUAGCGAGCAGAAACAAUUCCUUCCGACGAACUCAGGAAUUUCUGCAAACGUUUUAACCGCUCAGGAUACCAGGAAAGCUUGAUAGGAGACCGUCUGAAGAAGUAUGAGCAGGAAGUGUCAGCAGCCGUGAACUAUUGGGGUCAAAGAAGGCGGACAAGUGGCAGCCGUUUGAAAGGAAAUUUCCUGCCUUUGGAUUACAAAAUAUUAGAAACCACACGCACUGCAAUACAUUUCCGUCUCCUGUGAAUUGCGCAGUGGCAAGUUCAGAAGCGCCGCUUCAUGACAGUGGUCACAGCCACACUCCUCCUAAAAUUACACAACCUUCUAAGAUUACUGUAUUUUUUGCUCUAUAGGACUCACUUUUUCUCUCCUAAAAAGUAAGGGGAAAUGUGUGUGCGUCUUAUGGAGUGAAUGCAGG